AACCUACACAGUAAAGCUUUUUCAUUUUAUUGGUAUGUUUUGUUUCAUGAGAAGGAGGAAGAAACAUUGUGUGAUUUUAAUUUGAACCAGAUCAGCUUGUUGAGACUUCUGCCAGUGGUAGUUGCAUGCUUGUGCACAUGCGUGUUGGUAAAGGCUUUGCUCCAAAAGUCGAAUUUCUACAGCUAAUGAAAACUACUGAAGGGCCAAAGCAAGGUAGCCUGGCUGUAAAAAAACAUAAACUUUGUAGGUUAAAAGGAGUUAAGCAUUGGUUUAUUUUUUUUAGUGAAGACAUUAAAAUAUUGAUACUGAAAACAACACCAAAUGUCUCUCUGUUAGAAAGGAAAUAUGUUGUCCAACAGGAAUUGAAAAAAUUAAUUGAGAAUGAGAACAUAUAUUCAUAGCUCCUCAGGUACCACUAACAGAAUGUUCACAGAUUUGUAGGUGAGGUAUGUGCUGCCAUUUUGCCAGUGGCUUCCACUCUCUUCAAAGCAGAGAAAUUGAAAUUUAAGAAUUUUGAAUUUUGGCUGAAGGCAUGGGAAAGAGGGUGCUUUUUAUCUGCCUCAUCAAAUGCUGACUACCUCAUGACUGUUUCCUUCGUCUGUGUUUAUUUUGUAUUUGGUCAUGCUGUCCUGAUCCUGUCUAUCCACAGCUAUUUGUUUUGGGUAACUCCCUGUGUUGUUGCACUGCUAAAUAAUUUUUAUCACUUUUGGCAAUACCACUGAAGUUUCAGAAGAGGGAAGAAGUGGGCAGUCCCUGUAGUCUUAGGAAUUAGGAAGAGCUACAGCAAGGAUAAUUCUGUUCAGACCUGGAUCUGGUUGAUGUCCUUAAGGCAACAGCUCUACCCCUUCUGAAGAAGUUUGGAAUUGAUGGUGAAAGUCUGGAAAUCAAGAUCAACCGAAGAGGAAUGCCUCCCAAAGGGGGUGGAGAGAUACUGUUUGCUUGCCCAGUGAGAAAGGUCUUGCAGCCUGUUCAGUUCACAGACCCUGGAAAAAUCAAGCGCAUCAGAGGAACUGCAUACUCUGUCCGAGUGUCACCACAGAUGGCAAACAGAAUGGUGGAAUCUGCAAGGGGCAUCCUGAAUAAAUUCCUCCCAGACAUCUAUAUCUACACAGAUCAUAUGAAGGGGGUCAGCUCUGGAAAAUCACCAGGUUUUGGCAUGUGCCUUACUGCAGAAACCAUCAAUGGCACUAUUCUCAGUGCUGAGCUAGCCUCAAACCCUCAGGGCCAGGGAGCACCUGUGCUUCCUGAGGAGCUGGGCCAGCGUUGUGCUAAGCUGCUGCUUGAGGAGGUCUACAGAGGAGGCUGUGUAGAUUCAACAAAUCAGAGCCUUGCUCUGCUCCUUAUGACACUUGGACAGCGGGAUGUUUCCAAAGUCCUGUUGGGACCUCUGUCGCCAUACACAAUUGAGUUUCUGCGACACCUCAGAAGCUUCUUCCAGAUCAUGUUUAAGAUUGAAACCAAGACCACUGAGGAAGAACACACAGGCGGGGAGAAAGUCUUAAUGACAUGUGUUGGCAUUGGAUUUUGCAACCUCAGUAAAACUAUAAGAUAAAAAACAUCUACAGACUUUGUGAAAGACAGAAAAUGCUGCAAAGAUCUAAUAAAACCUACCUGUCUGUGUACUUACUCUGGCACAGGGAAACCUGUGAUGAUUCCAGGUGGGGGUAUCCAAGCUCACUGCAUGUAAACAAUAAAGCUGACAUUCGACUACUUA